CGCUUUUUCACUUUUUCGAGCCACCCUUUUUACUGCCCAAGCACCAUGUCAACACCAAUGGAUAUUGAUGAGGUGCCUCCUGCCACGACACCUGUUGAUCAGGAAGAACCUUCCAAAGGGAAGGGCAAAGCAAAAGACAGCUCAGAGAAACCACGCUUCGAAGUAAAAAAGUGGAAUGCCGUCGCUUUAUGGGCUUGGGAUAUCGUGGUGGAUAAUUGCGCUAUCUGCAGAAACCAUAUUAUGGAUCUUUGUAUUGAAUGUCAAGCCAAUCAAGCUUCCGCCACCUCCGAGGAAUGUACAGUAGCAUGGGGUAUUUGUAACCAUGCUUUCCACUUUCACUGCAUUUCACGUUGGUUAAAGAGUCGUCAAGUAUGUCCUCUUGAUAAUCGUGAAUGGGAAUGGCAAAAAUACGGCCGAUAAAUGCAAAGAUUGUGUUUGGCUCCUUUUUCUUUUUACUGAUGCCUAUUCCUGGUCUCCUAUAUUACACUGCUUUUUUUGGUUUACCUCGUUUUAACAUUCUGCCACUUUUCUUACCCAGUCGAAUAAAUAUCAGUUCAUCACGAAACAUGAC